UCCCUACUUGGACUUGUCCCUUUUCCCUCCUGCACGGCUGCCCCGGUAGUAUUCCAGAGGAUGCAGCUUCGGAGGUAGCAGGAGCAACAGCGGCAGCAACAACAGUAGCAGAAGGAGGGGGCUCGUGUGAAGAGUGAAUGUCCCCCCGCCGGACCGGUGGCGACGGCAACUAUGGUGACAUUAUUCAGGAGAUGGUAUAUUGUCACAUGGCCAUAUGGAGAGAAAGGACUUUAAUGCAUGGCUUGAUACCCUCUCCAGCACAUUUAUCACUCUGACCGAGAACCAGAAAAAUGAGACCCUAGACCACCUGAUCAGCUUAAGUGGGGCUGUCCAAUUGAGACACCUCUCCAACAAUCUGGAGACACUUCUGAAACGGGAUUUCCUCAAAUUGCUACCGUUGGAGCUUAGUUUUUACCUGUUGAAGUGGCUUGACCCAUCAACCCUACUUAUUUGCUGCCUAGUCUGCAAGCAGUGGAACAAGGUGAUAAGUGCCUGUACUGAAGUGUGGCAGGAAGCCUGUCGAAGCUUAGGCUGGCAGAUUGAUGAUACAAUUCAGGACACUGUGCACUGGAAGAAGAUUUAUCUGAAGGCAGUUAGAAGGAUAAAACAGCUACAGGACAAAGAAGCCUUUGAGACCUCCUCUUUAAUUGGCCACAGUGCUAGAGUGUAUGCUCUUUAUUAUAAAGAUGGAUUGUUGUGCACAGGCUCUGACGAUCUAUCUGCCAAACUCUGGGAUGUUUGUACUGGUCAGUGUAUAUAUGGAAUCCAGACUCACACGUGCGCUACAGUAAAGUUUGAUGAGCAGAAACUAGUUACUGGAUCAUUUGAUAACACGAUAGCCUGUUGGGACUGGAGCUCAGGAGCUAAAACCCAGAACUUCCGAGGUCAUACAGGAGCAGUUUUCAGUGUUGAUUAUAGUGACGAGCUAGAUAUCCUGGUCAGUGGGUCUGCAGAUUUCACUGUGAAGGUCUGGUCAUUGUCAACAGGAAUCUGCCUGAAUACACUUACUGAGCACACUGAAUGGGUGACUAAGGUGGUUUUACAAGUCAGCCAGGUAGAAUCCGUGAUGCACAAUCCGGGGGACUAUAUUUUACUAAGUGCUGAUAAAUAUGAAAUCAAGGUUUGGCCAAUUGGGCGAGAAGUCAACUGCAAGUGUUUGAAGACGCUUGCUGUGUCAAAUGAUCGAAGCAUAUGCCUCCAACCAAGACUGCAGUUUGAUGGCAAGCACAUUGUUUGUGCGUCUGAUCUAGGAUUGUACCAGUGGGACUUUGCCAGUUAUGAUAUUAUUAGAGUUAUUAGAACUCCGGAUUCCUCGAACCUUUCUUUGCUGAGCCAGGGAGAAGUCUUUGCUCUGCUGUUUGACAGCCACUAUCUGUACAUCAUGGACCUAAGGACAGAGAAACUGGUAGGUCGUUGGCCUCUACCCGCAUACAGGAAAUCUAAGAGAGGUUCAAGCUUCCUGGCAGGAGAAACAGCAUGGCUAAAUGGACUCAAUGGCAAGAAUGACACAGGCCUGGUUUUUGCAACGAGCAUGCCGGAUCAUAGUAUUCAUUUGGUCCUAUGGAAGGAGAAUGGAUGAAGUAUGAAAACUGUAAGGCAUAGAGUGCUUGUGCUGCUGCUGCAGAUGAUAUUUCAGAGAAUGCCAAAUGCUGCAUGAACCAAAGUCCUGCACAAGACCUGGCAUUCUCGUGUGUGUAUAGUACAGUUAAUUGCCUUUAUUUUUUUUAAAAUGUCAAAUGACACCAGCAUGUUGGAAAUUAUUUUUACAGCUUGAAUCCAUUUGCUUGCGAAUUGAUGUAACCAAUGCAGGAACAGGGAAGAGAGAACACACUCGUAUCAAUUUAAUUUUGAGGCACUGUUUAGGAAUUUAUUUUGAGCUGAUGAUUGAAAAUUAUGCUUGAGAAGCACACUUCAAAGUAACAGAUUUAUUGUUUGCAGUAUUCUGAACAUUCCCUGAAUGUCUUCGUUUCUUCUGCACCUGACAAUAUGGAAUAACUUACUUUUUAUACAUAUAAAUAUUUCCAUUCAGGACUUUGCCUUAACGCUUUUAGUAGUGGUUGCUCUCAAAGAACAUGUUUGUAGACCAUAGGUAGGUACUUCAAAUUUGUCCACAUUUUAUAUUUUGGUAUAGUCAGUAUUUACAAUGAUAUUUUUAUUGAAAUUUGCUCAUGUUGUCACAGUUGUUAAUUAUCUUCAAUAUACUCUUUCUGAAAACAAUAGUUGGAAAUUUACUUGGUUGCUUUGCUCAUUGCAAGUCUAAACAUGGAACCUUUAUUACAAAAUACUGUAAUGAAGAAGAUAUUGACGUUUGCACUUGAGUUUGCUAGACACUACUUAAGCUGUUUCGUUUUCUUUUGAGACUUGGGGUGAUAGGUUAACGUGGGAAAAGAGAGUGGGUUGACCACUCCACCUCUGCCUCCCAUAAAAUGUGGUCAUCUGCAAAUCUGGUCAUGAAUGUUGAGAUCAUAAGCUAUUGUACAGCUUUCAGUCAAGAGGUUUGCUAUCCAUACUGCUCAGAUAGGAACAGGAUUAGGCUGUUCUGCCAUUCGGUGAGAUUAUGGCUUACUUGUAUCUGCUUUGGCUUUAUCCCUGCUGAGAUGGAACUACUGUGCUCCUACCCAAGAGGAAGUUGAGUAUGAUUUUUAAAUGUUAUAGACUGUGGGCAGAGCAAUCACUGAUGUAUGUAUUAUAUAGUUUUUAAAUGCAGGAGAGAGCAUUUUUUUAAAAAAGUCUUCUAGUGUGCUUGUCUCUGUUAGGUCUGUAAUUACAAUUGUUCCAUGGUGAUGCUUAAAUUACACCCCAGUGGUAAUAUUUGUUGAAGAAUUGCACAGGUGUAUGCGACUUGUUUCGAAUCUGUGGAUUUCUUCUUGAGUAAUAGGUGCAGCUUUUGCUGAGAAAUAACAAGAAAUGAAUAAGAAAUCAUCUGUUCCUUUUAUUAUAUGUAAAAUAGUGAAGAUUUUUAUUUUUAGAAGUCAACAAAAUGAAAAAUAUGACUGAACUAUAAAUUAUAAAGUUGUAAUAGCAGAGUUGUCAACAAGUACUUUCUUCAUACUUCUGAAGGGUGGAUACUUUCCCCUCCUGAUGCAUGUAAAACCAAAAUAACAGAGCAGGUCCAAUGAAGAGGUCCCCUUUAGUUACGCUGUAUACCAUAUCUUAAAAGCAUAUGCUACCAUAAUGUUGCAAAUUUUAUUUCUUGUGGUGUCAUCCUUUUUUGGAAUGUAAUGUGUUAUGAUCCUGAGACACUCUUUUGAUUGCAAUUUGUGGAAUAGAUCGACGUCCACAAUUUUAAAAGUAUGAGGACAGUGUAAAGUUCCUGGCUUCACGUGACAACUACAAUAUUCACUUUCCUUCUAUCUUUGGUUUGAAUGUAUUGAGUAUUAUUUUGCUUGUAGACUGAUUCUGUAAGAAACUUCUAACCUCACAUCAACAGAUUAACCUCUUGCUGUCUGUCAUAACCUCAGACUAUCUGACAACACAUGCAAUAAUACAUUUGUCUAAGGAAGUGAAACAUUUUGGUUUUUCUAUGCAGCCUCUAUGUUUAUGUUUAAUUUUACAGUUCAUCAUCUGUACUUCAAAAUCUAAUAUUUUAUGUUUUAAUGUGAGGCAUGAAAGCAUUUAGUCAGCUUUUUCAAAAUGCAGCUGACUGUCAAAUGUGCAAUUACCUGUUACGUUCUUGAUGGCAUUGUUGCUUAGAGAUGCCGAAAUUUCGUCAUGGUAAUGUCAAAUGUUCACUGGAGUGGCCAAAGAUUUACACCGAGGUUGUUCAGUUUUACCUUUGCAUACAGAUACACAGUAGCUAUGUGGUUUGAUUCCCAGAAUGACAAUGAGGUAAAUUCUUCUUCUGAAGUAUUAUUUGUUUUGAAAUCUGUUGGUUUAGCGUAACGAUGAUAUCAUUGAAGUAAAAUCAUCCUACUUAUCCAUAUGACUGGCCGUGACGUGUAAACCGCAAGGUGUACAUUUUUCUCUUUCUCCUCUUCUCCACCCCUCCCCCUCUUCCUCCCUUGACCUCCAGUACCCACAAGAAUUCCCUACAAAUGGUGUGUUUGAAAUCCUGAAAGACCUCCAAGUAAGUAACAGCAUUUGAACAUUAUUCCUGUUUGAAUGGAAAUGUAAACAUCCAUGGGCCUUUACUUUCUUUUAAACUCUUACUCUGUGACCAAUUAUCAUUGGCUCAGCAUUUUGAAGCUGUAUAUUAUAUUCUGCAGAAAACAGGGGAGGCCAAAAUGUGUAUUUAAAGAAUAAGCGGCUCCUACCAUUGAUCUUAAUUGAAUUAAUAAUGUUUGUGUUUGCGAUGGUAGUAUUUAAGUCAGCAAGCAAGAAAUGUCAAGGAUAUGGCUCCUUAAUUUUACCAUGUAGUAAUUUUGGUGCAUGGGUUUAAUUAGCAGGUGUGAAAAAUGAUGUGAAUUAUAAACAAUUUCUCUCAAUUCCUGCAAGUAUCUAUUAAGUUUGACAAAUGGGAAGAUGUGCACUGAUGUGAAUGACUGUUGGGAUACUUUUACACACAAUUCCAGGAGAUGUUUUAUAAGCAACUCCUCACUAUUCAUGAGCCAAUAAUUGCAGCAGAAAUAUAUGUGGAAGAUGAGAAGCUAUCUUUAGUGUAAAAUGUAGGGACAGAAAUAGGCCAUUCACCCCGUCAAGUCAACUCUACCAUCAAAUGAGAUCAUGGCUGAUCUGAUCAUCCUGUACUCCCCUUUUGGGCCUUUUACAGCCUUUGAUUCUCUUACUGAUUUAAAACUAUCCGUCUCAGCCUUCAAUGUAAUUAAUGAUCUGGCCACUGCUGGUAAAGAAUUUGACUACCCUCAAAGAAGAAAUUAUUCCUCAUAUCCCCAAAGUGUGCUAACCUUUAUUCUGAGGUUAUGCCCUCUGGUCCUGGACUCUCCCACCUGAGAAGACACCCUUUCUGCAUCUGCUUUUCAAGCCCCCUAAGAGACUGUAUGUUCCAAUAUGGCCACCUCUCUUUUUACUAAAUUCCAAUGAGUGCUGGUCCAGCCUACUCAACCUCUCCUUGUGAGCCAAUCCCUCCAAACUUGGUUCACCCUAAUCCAUUUAUUUAACCUAACAAAUAUCCCUCUGCCCUGAUUUGCCUUCCCACAUUUUUUGUCAUCGGAAAAUCUGGCUACAGAAUAUUUUCCUCCUCCAAAUCAUUCAUGUAUAUUGUUCAUAAUUGUGGCCGCAGCACUGGUCCUUGUGGCACUCCUCUUGUUUACAGGUUGCCAUCCUGAAAAUGGCCCCCUAGUGCCAACUGUGUCUUGUUAGUUCAGGAAUCCUCUAUUCAUGGUAUAUGCUACCCCCAGCAUCAUGGGCUGUUACCUUUAUUAAGCCUACUGUGUGGUACCUUUUCAAACGCCAUGUAAAAAUCCAAGUAUAUUACAUAUACGGCUUCUCCUCUGUUCUCCCAGUUAUAUCCUAAAAGAAUUCUAGAAAAUUUGUCAGGUGUGAAUUCCCUUCCUCUAGUCAGUCAGAGCUAACUCUGCUUAAUUUUAUAUUACGUAUUUCUAAAUGUUCAAUUAUAAUCUUUAUAACUAACUCCUAAUGUUUUCCCAAUAACAAACUUUGUUAACUAGCCUUUAGACACCGGUUGUGUUUUUUUAAUCUUCCCUUUCUUAAAUAAGAUAUGGUAAUUUUCCAAUCAUUUGGGACUUUUCCAAGAAUCCUUAGAUUCUGGUAGACUAUUAUUGGUGCAUCCACUAUCUCUGUAGCUAGCUUUUUUUAAGGUAUAUGUUUGACUCCUGUGCCAUUUUUUGGUUCCCCAUUAUUAUUUACCUAGCUAUUCUCUAAAGAGCCCACGUUCACUUUGAGUUUUCUUUUCCUUUCUAAAGCAGCUGUUGCUGUUUGUCCAGAUGCUACCUGCAGGUUUACCAUCAAAAUUUGCUUUCUCCUUCUUUUCACUUUAUUUUUAUCCUCUUUUGUUGAGUUUUAAAGCUUUCUCAAUCUUUGCCACAUCUGUAUGUUUUUUAUUUCUCAAUUUGAAGUCCUCUUGGUUAACCAUGGUUAGCUUAUCCUCUUGCUACUUUUUCACUGGCAUAUAUCUUUUCUGUGAGCCAUGAGAUAUUUUCUUAAACCUAUUUCAUUGCUUCUUAACCAUUUUUACUGCUAACCUCCAUUUCUUGUCCAUUCUAGCUGGCUUUGCCCUCAUUCCUUUAUUAUCACACUAAUUUUAAUCAUAACACAAUUGUUUCUGAUUCAAGUUACUCCUACUCAAACUGAAUGCUAAAUUCUGCUCGUUUAUGGUCAUUGUUUCCUAGAGUGCCUUUUAUUCUGAUAUCAUUUAUUAAACAUAUCACCAGAUCCAAAAUAAUCUGAUCCCUGAUUAGAUCGACAACAUAUUGUUCUAAGCAGUAGUCCCAGAUGUUCUAUGCUGUCUGACAGUGUUGUCUUUUCCUUUCUCAUUUCUUACCUCCACCCGUAUGGAUUCUGCGUCUUCUGAUACAAGAUCACUUCUUGCUGUUGUACUACUAUCAUCUCACUACUUUCCUUCCUGCUUGCCCUUUCAAGAAGUUGCACUUCUGAAUAUUUAGUUCCCAGCUUUGGUCUCAUUGUAACCAUGUCUCUGCAAUGACUGUAAAGCCAUACUUGUUAACCUCCAUUUGUGCUGUUCAUUCAUUUAUUUUGUCUGAAUACUGUAUGCAUUUAAAUAAAGAUCUGUUAAUUUUCCCUUUUAACCACUUUCACUCCUCUUGACUCUUACUGCUGUUUUCAAUGUGUAGAUUUAAAAAUAUAAUCAGUGAAGUAUGCUUCAGUUCUUUAUUAUGGCAGAGCUAAUUUUGAUUUUCAUAAGCAGUGAAUAGGCAAAAUUGAUGAUGGCCUGCUGACGAGUUAAAAAUCCAUCCCCCCUCAUUCUUUUCAGGUUGAAAUGUGGAUGUAGAGUUUAAAAGCACGUGAAGGGACCCUUCAGCUCAUUGUGUCUGCACCAGUCUUCAAGUAUCUGUCUACUCUAAUCUCAUCUUCUAGCACUUAGUCUACAGCCUCGCAGUUCAAGUAUUCAUCUAGAUGAGGUUGCAGACUUGCUCGCCGAGCCAGUUUGAUUGCAGAUGUUUCGUCACCCUGCUCGGUAACACCAUCAGUGCGCCUCCUGUGAAGCAUUGGUGUUCUGUCCCACUUGUUUAUAUGCCUUGGUUUGCUGGGGUGAUUGGUAUUACUUUCGAUUCUGUUGUUCAGUGGUUUGGAUAUUGGAUCCAGUUCAGUGUGUUUGUUAAAGGAGUUCCGGUUGGAAUGCCAGGCUUGAAGGAAUUCCCUGGCAUGUCUCUCUUUGGCUUGUGCUUUUAUGGAUGUGUUGUUCCAGUCGAAUUUGUGUCCUCCUUUGUCCUUGUGUACUGAGACCAGUGAGAAUCGGUUGUGUCUCUUGGUCGCUCGUUGGUGUUCAUGUAUCCUCAUUGUCAGUUUUCUUUCAGUUUGGCCUUUCUAAUGUUUCUCAUAGUUCUUGCAUGGUAUUUUGUAUAUUACACUAGCUUUCUUGGUUGUGGAUAUGGGAUCCUUUAUGUCUGUCAGUAGCUGUCGCAGAGUGGUUGUUAUUUUGUGGGCCACCCUGAUACCUAGGGCUUUGAGUAGUCUUGUGGUCGUCUCUGAUAUGUUCCUGAUUUACGAUAGGGUGAACAGUAUGUCUGGCCGUGUUAUAGUCUUGUUAUGGGGUCUGUCAGGGAGAUAAGAGCAGCUUGUGCUUUUUGGGUAUCCAUUCCUUUUACAAACUCUGUAUAAAUGCUCCUGUUCCAUUUUGCACAAUUUAGGGUUGUGGCUCGUUUGAAUAAUGUCCUGAUGCGGCUGUGUUUAUGGAUGUUUGCUGGUGUAAUCUGGUCUGUAUGUAUUGUUUUUCUACAUGCGCUAGUCUGGAGUUCCACCAUUACAUCUAGGAAGGGUAGUUGGAUGUUGUUUCUUCCUCUUUUUUUGUAAAUUUUAUUCCAAUGUGGAUGUUGUUUGUCAGUGGAUUUCUUUCAGUCUUGUGCGUUUGAUAAUCAUGAAGGUGUCAUCUACAAAGUGGACCCAGAGUUUGGGUUGGAUAGUGGGGAGCAUUGUCUGUUAUAGCAGGGUGAUGAAAUGUCUGCAAUUGAACACACCGGCUCGGCGAGCACAUCUACAACCUCGUCCACAACCCGUGCUACAAAUCUUCUCAAAAAGUUCAUCUAGAUACUUAAAUGUUGUGAGGAUUCCUGUUUCUAUCAAUCAGCUUUUCCGGCAAUGAGUUCCAGAUACUCCACCUUCUGGGUUUAAAAAAAGUUUCCUUAAAACCUCUUUACUGCUCCUGCCCUCAAAUAUGUGCCCGUGGUUAUUGACCUCUGUGCCGGGGGGAGACAACCUUUCUAUGUAUCCUAUCCAUGCCCCUUAUUUUGUAUGCCUCAAUUAGACCCACAGUUCACUCUGACGAAACCAUGAAGCAGCUUCAAGUCUGAUGGCACCAACAUAAUAUAAAAACAUCCUUCUGACAAAUUUAAACUCAAGACCUAAUCUGAAAGUUUGACCUAGAAUUUGCAACACCACAUAUAGACAGCAGAAAGGCCGCAAACUGAGACACCAUGCAAAAGCAAAUGCCAGUUUUGAAAUGUUCUUUUUUUUUCUGUUGCUUUUUUUCCAAACCACAUUCUCUAUUUACCUUGACUUCUUGGUUUGCUGCAGCCCACAUAAUGUAGAUGUACCGACAGCGCUAUUAGCAAGGUUUUCACCCAGUGACCAAGGGGGAGUAGAAAUGUUGAGGGUGGUGGGGGAUGUCUGCUGAAUUUUAAACGGAUAGUACAUCAAUGCAUCUACUGCCAAGAAAAGGUCAUACCUUUGGAAAUUACAGCAAAAAAAGACUGUGUUGCUGCUGUGCUUCUUCUAGACGGUGCACACUAAUCAGUGGUUGGAAUGAAUGUUUAAGUGGAUUUUUUUUAAGCUUUUUGAAUAGACCUUCAAUCACAUUCAUGUGAAAGUAUUCCAUCGUACUCCUGAUUAAUCUUGUAAAUGUUGGACAGGCUUUGAGUCAGACGGUGAGUUACUUGCCACAGAAUUCUAAGCCUCUAACCUGCUUUCGUAGCUGCAGUGUUUUAUAUAGUUGGUCCAGUCCAGUUUCUGCUGACCUUCUGUUUAAAAACCCUUAGAAACAAACUCUAUACACUGGGGACAUAGGCAUUCUGUUUCUUUUUGGGGGAAAAAAGACAUGUUCCUUAAGAUUUACCUUGAGUUGAGUCUAAUCUUUGUCACAGUAGAAGUUUGAACAGGUGAUGAUCAUGCCACUGAACAUCAAGGGGAAGUAGGUAGCUAGCUUGUAGUGCAUAUAUUACUUGCUAUAUAUGGUUAAUGGACUGUAUUGAACAUUAUUGAAUAUGCCAGCUCUGACUGUAUGAUGAAGGGAAGAUCAUUGAAGCAACCACUGCAUCAGAAGGAUUCUUCACUUUAGUGUCUUUACUUCUGAACCUAGAGGCCUGGGUUGAAGACCUACCCGCUCCAGAGAUGUGUCAUAGCAUCUCUGAAUAGAUUCAUAGAAAAUACCUAUCCCCCACUAAUUGCUGCAGUUCAAUCAUCCUUUUGUGCUAUUUUGACCCCUGCCAUCGUCCAUUGCCUUCAAAUUUACUAGUGCUUUUUGAUGCUGUACUUGGACAAGUGUUGACUUGAUGUUAAAGAAAGCCAUUCUCCCCAUACCUCUAGAAUAUGGAUAGUCUGGCCAUGUUUGAACCAAAGUUGUACUGAGGUCUGGGGCUGAAGAAUACUGAAGAAGAUUAAGCGAGGCAUCAAGUCCUACAAAUAAAUAACCAUAAAAUCUCAGCAUGUUCACUUCUUCAGAAUAACUAUUGGAAGCCUUCAGGUAUUUCAUGUAAUUUUGCUUUGUAUACAUGUUUUCUGAAAUUCUUACAGAAGUGUACAGAAAAGAGGUUGUAAAAAAGUGAAAACCAAUGUUCGCACUUGGAGGUUAUGGCAGUAUUGCAUUUCAGAUGUGAAUGCUGUUUCGCAAACACUGGUGUACAACAUGAAUUCAAGACAUAACCAGAACCUUCUAACCAUUUAAUGACUACCUUUUUAAGUAGCGCACGGAAGUAUGUUGUUCUCCACAUUGAUUAAAUUAUUCUUGUUUUUUGAA